UGUUACCUUUUCCUUAAAAUAAUUGAAUUUUGUCCUUGUUUUUCAAAAGUAAUUUUCUUCCCUUCCCACUGUUUCCUGACAUUUUGCCUCGUAUUCCCUCAUAGGGAAAAGUGUCCUAGGUUUCUUUUGAUGGUUGGUUGGUUCUUCUCAGAUGUAUACGACUAUAGUGUUAAGCCAUGAUCUUUUGACUAAAUAUUCAGGAAAAAACUGCGUACGUGAAAAAGACAUUUCAAUAUGAACUAGGAAUUACUGAUGGGAUGUCACAUAAUUCUUGCUGGCGUCACUCAAAUCUUCAAGAGGCGACAACUGCAGACAAUAAUAAGACUUAACAUAACUGAUCUACUUGAACCCAAACUAUCGAUAGACGGCUACAGGAAGAGUUAAUCAGUUCUUCGUUCGCAGCUUACUGGCGUAAAUUGUUGAGUUUGUAACUUGGUUUCCUUUUUUUUUCUGCCCGUCAUUGUUAAUGUCUUCUUUUUCUGCGCUGAAAAAUACACAAACAUGUAAAGCGCCCUUAAUAUAGCCUGCAAGCAAGCUCUCCAAGGGGUGGGCUCGCUCGCAGGGCUCCUUAUUAUCAAUGUUUGUCGGGGCUGGGGAAGGGAUCAGGUCUCUCUUUCGUUUCUAACUUGUAAACACGGAACGCGACGAGAUGUGUUGCUUUCUUCCUGACCUCAGUUCUGUCCUGUUUGAAAAUUAUCCAUUUAUUAGUCAAACAUGCAAGAUGACGUUGUGGAUUUGACCAGAGAUUCUGUGGCUAAGGUAUUUUAGUCCUACAAGCCGACGUAGACUGAAACCAAGUUUACAUAUUCAAGAUGGCGGAUCCUCUCGUCUCCUUGACAGCUGAAAAAUUGGUUGAUCUCUCCAACGACAGGGAAUAUCUUAGCGAAUGGCCUCCAGCAAAUGAUAUUAGAGAAGAAUCUGAACAAUUAAUUCAGGUAAAAAGACAGAGAUUGGAUCGUGCAGAGGACAGAAGACAACCCAGUGUGCAAGAUAAUUAUGAGGGAGAAAGAGUUUUAUGGGCUCGGCCCGCUCUGGCAAAGUGGUGGAGAGAAAGACAAAAGGAGCCUGGAUUAAAAGAUUUUACAAGCAUUCCAAAAUUGGUUAACCCUAAUACAGUUCUGAAAUAUGUUGCUGGCCUCCCCACAGGCAUAGCGUACUUAAAGGAGCAAAUCAACCUGCUGAAAAAGGAGAUAAUAUUACAUCCUGCAAGUGCUACACAUCAUGCUGCACUAGCAUCCUACUAUGACUUGCUUAAAGACACUUGUUCAGCUCUGAGUAGUCUUGAAGUUGCCACAAAGCUUGAUCCACUGGAUAAGAAUAUAGCAUGGCUGUAUUUGAAAGUACAACGAAGUAAAGAGCUGGAGGAUAAAAAAAGAAGUCUUCAGGAACAUUUUUUACCACAUCCUUCUACUGAUCAUAAGAUGCCUGAGCCAGUAGAGGUAGAGAGGCGUCACUGCAAUACUCUGGGAGCAAAACAGUUUUUGUUUGAGUAUUGUAUGACUGGUACCCCUGUUAUUAUCACAGGACUGGUGGUUACCAUGACUACUGCCCCUUGGGACUUUAAGCAUAUAAAAGAGGCAAUUGGUAACAAGACAGCAACACUCAAAAGAAUGGUGAAAGAAUCCACAGAAUGGGCAAAGCUUGAACCAGCUGGUAACAUGAAAGUAUCUGAGUUUAUCGACUCCCUGCAAACAUUAAAGGAACCACUUUACUUGUUUGAUUGGAGCAUACCAACACACGCUCCUGACUUAGCAGAAGAACUAAAGAUUCCCAAGUAUUUUGCAGGAGAUUUCUUGCAGAGAACUGCCCCAGGAUCAUUAUACCGGGAUAGUUGGCCAAGUCUUUUUAUUGCACCUAAAGGAUUGCACAGUGACCUUCAUGUUGACGCAUUUGGUUCAAAUUUCUGGAUGGCACUAUUCCAGGGCAGAAAAAGAUGGACAUUCUUCCAGAGAGAAGACAUUCCAUUACUUUAUCCACACUACCAGGAUUCACUUGACCUUGCAUUUGACGUAGACCUGAGUUGUCCUGAUCUUGAUAAAUUUCCCCUGUUGAUGUCAGCAGUGCCUCGUCAAUGCAUUUUAGAACCUGGUGAGCUGUUGUUUGUUCCUUAUGGCUGCCCACACAGAGUGGAAAACUUGGAAGAUUCUUUAGCAGUUUCAUCAAAUUUUGUUGACUUGUCAAACCUUCAUGUUGUUCUUGAGGAACUGAGAGGAAAUGCAUUGAUAGAUCCCAGAUCGCAAGAUUUGUUAAUACAAAUGACAAGGGAUAAUUUUCCAGUGAAAAUGUUUAGUCAACAGAGUGACCUUUCCUGGAAAGAUUUCAAGACAUGGCCUCGAGUUAAUUAUAAAGACUUUGAUAUUGAUAUGAAUGAUUUGCAAAAUUACACUGAUAAAUAACCAGCAUGUACUGGUAAUUAUUAAAAUACAUGCUUUCAGCCAAAUCAUCUGUUAAGUGCUUGACUUCAUUUUAUGAAUACUGUGGUUUCAUUUAUUGAAAAAAAUCACAUCAGCCAGAAAAUUUGUCAAGUUGACAAAUAUUAAUUUAUUUUUAAUGAUAUAUAUUAAUGGGUUCCAUUAAAAAAUGUUAAUAAAUCCACUCUCACAUUAAAAGGUGUCAUACCACAGAUUACAAGAUA